AUGGCCGUUGAUACCCAGGAUGCCAUCUUUUCCAUGACCCCCCCGCCCAGCGAAUUUGACGAAUUCGAUAAAGGCGGCUUGCUGACUUGCUCACCUUCCCUCCCUGGAUUCACUUAUCCUUCGCCAGCUCCUUCGAGUCGAGGCCACGCCCCAUCCGUGUCAUCAGAAUCUAUAUACAUCCUUCCAGGAAUGCCCAUGUCUGAGAACCAAGGUCACGACGGUUCUGGUCACGGGCAGCACGACCUCGCACAGCAGAUAUCUUUCGGGGAUACCUCAUCAGAUUCCGCUGUCGCCGCCGCCUCCUCCUUUUUCCCACCCGUCUCUGGUGACCCAUCCAUAUCCAUGGUUCAAUACACCGCCGGUACCACUGCCACCAACACAUCCACCACUGCCAAUUCAUACGCCAUGUAUGAACAGAACCAAUGGUUCCCGUACUCUAGCUACCCUCAACCCGGCUCUCUACUGCCGUACGACCCAACGUCCUCUGCGUCGUUCUCUCCCUUUGACUCUCAUCAUCAACCCAACAUUAUCCCUCCAACGCCUCAGGACAUCCAACCCUCCCACCCCUUCGACUUCAACGCAGCACCGACAGCCAUCAUCCCAUCAAACCAUCACCUCGUGGCCUCGCCAUCUUUCUCCCAAGUUUCCCACCCCAGCUCCCACAGUCACCGGGGCAGCGUAUCCUCUCUGUCCAGAUCAUGCAGUCCCAUCUCCUCUCUCUACCGGGACAACAGUAGGGGUCAUGGAGACACACUCAGAUCAUCAGUCCGUUCAGGCUCGGCCUCAUCCAACACCUCCCUUCACGCCUAUGGCAUCCCUGUAACUGAAUCCCCAGCAUCGGCAGCGGGAUUGGGGGUGCCUUCAUCUCUCGCCACCUCAACAGGCUCCUCCGUCGGUGGCGGAGCCCCUCAAUCCUGGCGCUGUGCAUACCCAGGCUGCACUUCUCGAGCCACAUUCACGCGAGGCUGCGACUUGAGAAAGCACUAUAACCGGCACAGCAAGCACCUGUUCUGCCGAGUGGAUGGAUGCCCGCAAAGCGAAGCUGCCGCCGCUGCUCGCGCAAAAUCGGCCGACCAGCCACUCACCGGCGGGUUUAGCAGCAAGAAAGACCGCGCCCGGCACGAGGCCAAGCACAAUCCAGGCAUCAAGUGCGAAUGGCGCGGCCCCGAAGGCGAAGAGUGCGGUCGUGUCUUCUCCCGCAUGGACAAUAUGAAAGACCAUGUCCGGCGCAUUCAUAAUAAGGGCCAAAAUCAGAACCAAACCCAAAACCAAAGCCACUCUCCUCAUCAACAGAGGAAAUGA